GGUUCCGUUUCACCUCGGUGCGGGGCGACAAGGUCGACAUCCUCUACAACAACAUCAAGCACGCCGGGGGCCGGUUCCGUUUCACCUCGGUGCGGGGCGACAAGGUCGACAUCCUCUACAACAACAUCAAGCACGCCGUGUUCCAGCCCUGCGACGGCGAGAUGAUCAUCGUGCUGCACUUCCACCUCAAGAACGCCAUCAUGUUCGGCAAGAAGCGGCACACGGACGUGCAGUUCUACACCGAGGUGGGCGAAAUCACCACGGAUUUGGGCAAGCACCAGCACAUGCACGACCGCGACGACCUCUACGCCGAGCAGGUCAGAUCGGGGCCAAUUCCGGCAAUUUUGGGGCACUCCCGACGCUUUCGGGGCAUUCCCAGAAUUUUUGGCUCAAUCCCAGCGGUUUUGGGGUGGGUUUUUCACUUUUUUUUUGGGAUUUUUUGGCGUUUUUUUCAAUUUUUUCGUGGUUUUUGGCGG